AUGACCGUUACUGCUCUCGCACCCGAUGCUGUCUUUGACCCCGAGCUUCACUACGGCGAUGGCGACGACAACGCCUUGUACAACCUAUUUGCGACAUGGCCGGAGAACUAUUUCAGCAGCCUUCCUAAGCCACACGGCAAUCACGGAGUCGACGAGCCCUAUUGGGAAUUACGGCGGUCACGAAUCUUCCUGGACGACUGCUUCCGCGGUCGCGAAACGCGGAGGCUGUUCACCCCUGUAGUUCCAGGGCCGGACAAGCUUGAGAGAGAGCGCUUGCACGAACAAGCAUAUUCAGACGGUAUCGAGCAACGCACGAGAACCACGGUCACCUUCCGGUCCGCUCUACAUUUCGCUCACGAACAGACCAAGUUCGACACUUCACUAGCUCUGGAAUUGGCUCAGUUUUGCCCAACGCUUGCCGCGCCUCGAGCUGCUCCAGGCCGCCAAUACCCAACAUCAGCGAUCUUAUUGCCGACGUCAGUAUCGGCGCUGCCGCCCCUGCCGCCACCAACGCAAGAGGAGUACGAAGAAUGGGACGGUCUAUCAGACACCGCAUCUGACAGUCACUGUGCCUCGGUGCAUAUCCGCAACCCGCCAAUUCCUAGCCCUGCCAUGGUAUCGGCCGAUGCCCUGCAAUCGCACGUCAACGAAUUUGCGAGGGAAAACGGGUUUGGUGUUGUCAGACGCAACGGUUCCGGCAGUCGAAUGCGGAAGACCAGAUACGUGUUCCAAUGCGAUCGCUACGGCGAGCCUUGUACAUCAAGUGGUGCAGGUCUCCGCAAAAGGCGGUCGCGCAAGUGCGGGUGCAAGUGGAAGGUCGUCGCCGAGGCCCUCGAACAGAACGGCUACAUGUGGACACUGCGGGCGUUUGCCGACCCUCAGCACAGUCAACACAACCACGACCGUAGCAUGAGUCUCUCAGCGCAUCCAAUCCAUCGGAGACUUACUGAUUCCGUCAAGGCAACAAUUGAAGCGACAAGCCGACGAGUCGGAAUCAGGGCACGCGAUGUCCGUGGCAUCGUUCAGCAAAAGCAUCUCGGAACGCACUACACAAGAAAGGAUAUAUACAACGCUAGGGCACUCUUGCGUCGCGAAAAACUUGGCGAUUUGGGUCCGACCGCUGCCUUGAUCAGACUGUUUGAUGAGAGGGGCGUUCCAUAUAUCGUGAAGUGGUCAACGACAGAGCCUGGCCGCCUUGUUGGCCUGGUCUGGACCUUCCCAUACUGUCUCCGAAUGUGGAAACGCUUUCCGGAAAUUAUGAGUUUCGACAACACAUACAAUACAAACCGCUUCAAACUACCGCUCUUCCAGGUUACGGGGCAAACCUGCCUGAGAUCCGUCUAUAAUGCGGCGUUCGGCUUGAUCGAUAACGAGAGACGUGAAGGGUUUCAGUUCCUCACGGAAGCGGUCAGGGAACUGACCGAGAGGCAUGGAGUUCCGCUACCCGAUGUCGUAAUCACGGACUACGAUCAGGCGAUGAGGGAAGCUCUAGACAACCAGUUUCCCGAUAGCCAACAACAGCUUUGUAUCCACCAUGUCAACGCAAACGUCCUCCUUAAUGCGAAGCGCAAGUGGAAGAACGCCAAAGAAAGUGAGGAGAGCGACGGAGGUGGUAGCUCUUGCGGCAAGCAGGCUCACCUGGCGUUGACGCCGAGGGAUGUGGAAGCUUUGCUCGCAGUGGAGCGACAAGACAACCCGCUGGCCCAGGGUAACCUCUCUGCACCUGUGCCGCACAACUAUCGCGGCGUCCUCGAACUGUGGAAGUUCGUUGUGUUUGCCGAGACAAAAGAAGAACACGAGAAGGCAUGGGCCAAGCUGUGUGACGAGUUCAAUGACCAGCAAGCCAUCCUCAUGUACCUUUACAGGACAUACCUGCCCAUAAGAGCACAGUGGGCACAAUGCUUCAUCAAGAAACACCGCAAUUUCGGGGUUCGUGUGACGUCUGGUACCGAGGCCAGUAACAACAACGUCAAGAGCUACCUGCUCAAUGGGAUGAGCAACCUGUACUCUCUGUUUGAGGCUGUUGAGGCCAUGCUCACUGAUCAAGAGCGAGAUUUUAUCGAUGCCUGUGCGCAGGACGAGGUGCUUACUUCUGGCACAUAUUCAGGUCCUGGCUCAGAGUAUCUGGGAGAGCUGCGCACAGUCAUGUCAGAGCCGGGGCUCAGGCUUAUUACCAAACAACAUCGGCGCGCAUUGAAAUCGAUACCAAGCAGAUCACGACCUUGGCCGGAGCCAAUCGAAGAAUGUAGCGGGGAUUGUUCCGUCUCGUGGCAAUUGGGGAUUCCCUGCUGCCAUACAAUCUACAACAAAUUAGCAGCGGGCACGGCCUUAACGAAAUGGGAUGUUCACCCUCGGUGGCAUCUCAGGGAACCAACAUCAUGCAAUCCCUAUCGUCGGAUCCUCGACCCUAAGAUUGCAGCAUGCCUCCGUGGUCGGCCGAAAAAUACGACACAGCCUGUCCCUGAGGACAUGAACAUUCGGCCGUCCAGCUGUAGUCGACCAGCAGUGGACAAGGCUGGUAAGGGCAGAAAGCGAACUCGCAAGUCAGCUAUCCUUGGGUCGGGCAAGCAGAUAGGUGUGCAACAAGCUGGCUGCAGAAGGCAACCCAGCAUACGGAGGCGACGGUCAGAAUGGGAGACCAUCUCAGAUGAAGAGGAGCAGGACGCUCUACCGAAGCGCAGACGGCAAAGUGCCCGGAAGCGACCUGCAACACCAGCACCGUCAGCCUUGACUAGCCCUGGUGGCGAGGAAACCCGCAAGGAGUGCAUUAUUGUGCGAGUGUAA